CGUCACAGCCCGCUCUUUCCAAUUUUGAAACAAAAUUUUUGGAAGUGGGUGAAAGUUGUUUUGUUUCUCUUAUCGGAUACUUUUUGUAGACAAGUAUGGUGGGACGGAAGAGACAGACAAAUAGCAAAAGCACGUCGAAUGAUUCUUCCAAUGUAGACGCACAACAAACAAAUUUAUCUACCAGUAAAGAAAACUUGCCUCCAGAGACUCAAAUAGAUAAGAAGGAAGAGUUUCGAAAUAAAAUCAACUCAAUCCUCGACGAAUUCGAGUUGGAAUUUCAAGCAAAGAUACGCGGGUUGCAAGAGUUGGCAGAAGCACACGCAGUGACUCUACAGAAUUGUAUGGCUGUUCAACUCGUGAAGAUACCUAAGAAAGUCCGUGAGAUGUCACUGGCGGACUUUCGUCAACAAUAUCGAGAAGAUGUAUCGACAUUCCUAAUGACAGAAAUCAAAACGGGUAUUAAAAGACAGCUAAGAAGCGGAGUGAAAAAGAGAAAAACCAAGAAUGAACCUGAAUCCUCAAUCAAAGAUACUGAAAAUAAAAGAAGAAAGCCUCCCCUUCCUCCAACUGCUACAAGGCCUUCUGUACAGUCACUUACAACAGAUCGACAUGAAACAGACGAUAUAAAUAUAUGGGCAUCUACACCAGCAUCUGCCGUGAUGAGAAGGAGGAGAAAGUUAGUAGCAAAUAUAGUAACAACCGAAACUGAAAGGGUCAAUGAAGAGACAAAGCAGCGACUACAAAAUGCAACUCCCAGAAAUAUCCAAACAAAAGGGAAAAAGAACUUACAAAGUGAACAAAAAGGAACCAAAGAAUCAGAACCUGAGCAUAAGAGCAUUUCGAAACUUUUGCAAGAAAUGAGAGCAUCACAUAUGACGCCUGCACAAACUACAACGAAUCGAGUAAGUGACGGACUGGAGACCUAUUCCGAACUAGAUAUUCCACUACAAAUCCAGUUACGAAGUGGAGCCAAGAUUGACUUGUCUACUCCUCAAACUUUGCAUAAAAUAAGUGGGACCAGUAAGGAAGAAGCCAAAUUGAAGCUUAGUAUGUUGCAAGAGCGAAUAAUGGAGUGCUUAAGAGAAUUAGACCAAGACAACAACGAAUAACUCAUAUAAAAAUAUACAAAACAAU